AUGUCUAAUCUAAGACUCUCUCAGCUCGAUCCCUUACCAAGAAUUCACAGGGUGAGACUUGGUAAUACAAUUGGACAAGGUUCUUUUGCCAUUGUUAAAUUAGCAUACAUAGAGCCAAAGAAUUCAGUGUUUGCUUUGAAGUUUAUCCAUAGAAAGAGAUCACAUCAAAAUGGGCUCACAGAUAACGACAUUGGGAAAGAGGUUUUACUUCACAAACAGUGUUCAGGCCAUCCAAAUAUUAUCAAACUUAUGGAUGCCGGUUCUGAUAGUAAUUGGCUAUACAUUGCAAUGGAGCUUGCUCCUGGUGGUGAUUUAUUUGACAAAAUACAGCCGGAUGUUGGUGUCGAUGAACAAAUUUCACAUUUCUAUUUCAAGCAGUUAAUAAGUUCGAUCGAUUUUUUGCAUAAGUUGGGUGUUGCUCACCGUGAUAUAAAACCAGAAAAUAUCUUACUAGAUGGACAUGGAAAUUUGAAAUUAGCUGAUUUUGGUCUUGCUACUGUUUUCAAAAGACAAAACAACCCUAAAAAAAGACUAUGUACUACAGCAUGUGGUUCACCACCUUAUAUGGCCCCAGAGAUUGCAACUCAUAAAGCUGGUUAUGAUCCCGAAUUCACUGACAUCUGGUCGUGUGGUGUUGUGCUAUUUGUUCUGCUUAGUGGCGAAACACCAUGGGAAGAACCUACUAUUAAUGACCCUUUCUUCAGUCAUUAUCUUGCAAAUGAAGGUAAAGUUUUAACAGCUCCUUGGAAUAAAUUCUCACCAAUGGUUUUGUCGUUGCUAAGAAUCAUUCUAAAGAUCGAUGCUGGUAAAAGACCUGACAUGGAUCAAAUAAGAAAUCACAUUUGGGUGAAUCAAGAGAACUCAUACUCCACAGCAGAUGGGUUAUGUAAAGAUUCUGCGUUACUUACAACCAAAUUGCUUGAAAAUAUGCAUAUUGGUCUUUCAGAUGAGAAUUAUGUGGAGAGCUCAAAUGAAGAUGAGUAUGGAUCUAUUGAGAACCAACUCAUCGCAUCUCAACCUGUUGCUGAUAUCGCUGCUAUGAUUGAUGAUGAAGAUGACAAUUUUGACAAUUUGCCCGCUACUCAACAAGUUUACACUGAAUAUAAUAAAGCAAAAUUAGCUGGUAAACUUGACAGUGAACGUGAAAGUAUUUUCAAAAUCAUUUCACAAGAUCCUGCAAUCCUCCAAUUCUCCAAACAUAAGCAACAAGCCACUCAAAACACACCACAAUUUCAUUUCGCUGAUAGACUUACAAGAUUUUUUUCUAUAUUACCAGUUGAAUCUUUAUUACCAAUAAUACUAUCAGCGCUUAACAGAACAGGUGUUUCAACAACAGGAUUUCAACAAAGAAAUGUUACAGAAUCAUAUUUGUCCCAUCGAAACAUUCACAUAUCUAUCCAAACUAUGGAUAGAAGAAAGGGUUAUUUGAGAGGAAGUAUUAGAAUCUCCAGAGUGGAAAAUUUGAAAUUGAAGACUGUUGAGUUCAUCAAGACCAAAGGUGAUCCUUUAGAAUGGAGAAGAUUUUUCAAGAGAAUAACGGUCUUGAGUAGAGAAGCUGUUUAUAUCGAAGAAGAUCAUGAUUAA